GCGGUCUUUCUCUCUGUCGUUAUUUAUCAGAUAUCAAGAUGUCUGUCUCAGCAAUCCAUAAUCGUGAUUCCCCCCAACGCUGCAAGCCCUUUUAUGGCCGGUUGAAGUCAACUCGGACUCGCUCCGGUUGUCUCUGCUGCCGACAACGGAAGGUCAAAUGCGACGAGUCUAGACCCAGCUGCAAACGCUGUCGUGAUGCACAACGACCAUGUUUCUACGGACUGAAGCUGACAUGGCCCGAUCAGAAGACACCUGUGAAAGCUGAGCACCCUGAAUCUGAUGGCACGUUCAGUGGCAGAUAUGCAGCAUCUCAAGCAGAGACCUUGUUUCUCAAUACGACAUGGUCUGAUUUCGAGCUCUGUCAAGGCCCAGGAGUGUCUAGAGCCAGCAAGAAAGUAGCAUCCUGCAGCGACAGCCUUCUCUUACGAACAGAGCCCGACUGGAGUGGAGCAUGUCGCAUCCCAGCGUCGAUCAAUUAUCCCCGACUCGAUCUCUCUGCCACGGAGAUGCCAAUAUUUGACUUCUAUGCAAACCAAAUGUGUCCUGAAUGCCGACUCGUAGACGGUGACAAGAACCGCUACCGACAAGUGAUAAUCCCUAUUUCCUUAGUAUCGCCACUCGUGCUGCGAUCGGUGCUCGCUCUCUCAGCAAACCAGUUGAAGCACUACGACAACAGAUUCGAAGUCACCGCGCUGCAUUACCAAAGCGCCACUUUGCAAUCGCUGUAUCGAACGAUCGCUUCUGCCAGUAGCAAGGAGCAGGGCAGAAAGUCUUCUAGCUUAACACACACCUCGUUGUCGAAAACCGAGAUGCUAGCAAUUGUGCUGAUGUUAUGCCAUUCCGAGUUCUCCAACGAUAUCGCAUAUCGUCCACGAUUUGCUCCUGCAUGGCGCGCUCAUCUAGACGGUGCGCGACGCAUCCUCGAACUGCCUGUCGCGGGACCAAGUGCCGAACUUGGAGGAGUGGUAACAUUCUUAGCUGGAUUCCUGGCCUCACAUAGUGUACUGGCGUACACCACUCUCCUCAACCCCGACGAUGCAGAAGUCCUGUUUCGAGGGGGAACGUACUGGCUGAAGAAGAUCGCGCGACCGCCCCAGGAAAUCGACAAUUACACGAAUUGCUCGACCGAGUUGCUGGGCAUAAUCCUAGAAACCUGUCACCGCAUCCGUCAACGCAGAAACCACAAUGAUGCCGGGGAAUGCGCAUCCUCGCGCGCCUGGAAACAGGAAACGCAGACUCGCUUGGUUCACCUUGUUCAAUUCCACGCGUCGAUUCAAACUUCAUCGCCUGUCUCAAUCACUACUCUCUCUAAUCCGAUCACCACUUAUCCCCCUCCAAUACCGACUGUCAAUCGCACGGCCGAAGCGUUCCGCCACGCUGCACUAAUCCUUCUUCAGUAUCUCGACACAAGUUACUCUCUUGAAAAUAACCCAACUGUCAAAGAGAGUGUCAGUAUUAUCCUUAGCCUCAUGAACGCCGGCGUGCCUAUUCCCCCGCCCGGAAAAUCUGGUCGGUCGGUGUUCCUGUGGCCAUAUUUCAUCGCUGCAUGUCAUGCACAGAGCGAUGAGGAUCGAGCUGUGGGUUUGAGGAAUUUGCAGCAGUUCGAGCGGAUCGCAGCGACAGUGUAUAAUAAUGCACUACCGUUCAUAAGGGAGGUGAUCGAGGGGGUGUGGAAGCAGAGGGAUCUUAGGGGUGACAGGGGUAGGAUUGGUGUCUGUGCUAAGGGCGGUUGUUUCUGCGCAUCUGCUGGGAAUGAUGACGAAGCCGAUAAAGAUGAGUGUUUCGAAUGGGAGGUCGUAAUGCGGUCGUUGGGGUACACGUUUGAUUGGGCUUGAGGAUAUCAUUGCCGCGAGAAAU